GUUGUCCCUUGUGAUUGUAUUUGGGUUCCCGAUACAGGGAACAUUUUGGUGUGGUACACUGAGGCCAGUCAUUGGAUUAACAUGAAGCCAGUGCUGGAAACACUGGUGGACAGGGGACACCAGGUGACGGUUCUGCUCCCGAGCUCUUCAAUGUUCAUGAACAGCAGUGAACCCUCACGCUUUCGCUAUGAACCUUUUAACGUUUCUGUCUCACGUGAAACCCUAGAAAAGUUUCUUGAAGAAUUUAUUCACUUUUCCAUGUACGAGAUAGAUCACAUGAGCUACUUCCAGAUUUACAGGAAAUCCAUGGAUCAUAUUCAAACUCAACUGAAUAAUUCCCUUACGAUGUUGGAUGGAGUGGUGAAAUCUGAAACCAUCAUGAAGAAGUUGGAAGAAGGAAACUAUGACGUCCUCCUGGCUGAUCCCGUCUACCCCGGCAGUGAAUUAACUGCAGAUAUUUUGGGUAUCCCUCUUGUCUUCUCCUUACGUUUCUCCUUGGCUCAUAACUGGGAGAGAUUGUGUGGUCAGUUACCUGCUCCUCCUUCCUUUGUCCCUGGAGCUAUGAGCAAACUCACAGACAAGAUGGACUUCUCAGAGAGACUGUGGAACUUCCUUUUCUAUGCUGUGCAAGAUAUCGUAAUAGACCACGUUUCAUGGAAAGUGCUAGAUAAAUAUUAUUCUGAAGUAAAAGGAACACCCACCAGUGCCUGUGAGAUGAUAGGUAGGGCAGACAUCUGGUUAAUGAGAACCUACUGGGACUUUGAUUUCCCUCGUCCUUUCGUCCCCAACUUUAAAUUUGUUGGUGGGAUUCACUGCAAACCUGCUAAACCUUUGUCAAAGGAUUUAGAAAAAUUUGUGCAGAGUUCUGGAGAUGCUGGCAUCGUGGUUUUCUCUCUAGGAUCCAUGAUCAAGAACAUGACCACAGAAAAGGCUAACAUGAUAGCUGCAGCUCUCGCUCAGAUUCCACAAAAGGUGCUGUGGAGAUACAGUGGGGAAAAACCAGACACUCUGGGUCCCAACACCAGAAUUUUUAACUGGAUCCCUCAGAAUGACCUACUGGGUCAUCCAAAGACAAGAGCUUUUAUCACUCAUGGGGGUGCAAAUGGGAUUUAUGAGGCCAUCUACCACGGUGUUCCCAUGGUGGGCAUCCCCAUGUUUGCUGAACAGCCAGACAACAUGGUCCAUGUGAAGGCUAAAGGAGCUGCAGUUAUUUUGAGUCUGAACUUCAUAACAGCUGAGGACCUUAGAGAUGCAAUCAACACUGUCAUCAAUGACAAAUCGUACAAAGAAAACGCUAUGCGACUGUCCAAAAUUCACCAUGACAGACCCAUAACUCCUCGCGAUGAGGCGGUAUUCUGGAUUGAGUUCACCAUGAGAAACAAAGGAGCAAAGCAUUUGAGAGUCCAAGCCCAUGAGCUCACCUGGUACCAGUAUCACAGCCUGGAUGUUAUAGCCUUCCUCCUGUCCAUCGUUCUGUUCCUCAUGUUCACCCUCAUCAAGACCUGCAGUUUCUGCUUCUACAGGUGCUGUGGCAGCAAAAAGACAAAGAAAAAGGCCGAGUAAUUAACUUAGCUGAGA